CAGGCCACGCCCCCACUCCUUGGCUCAACUCCUACUUGGGGGGCGGGACCCAUGUACGCCGGGCGGAAAUUUUGUCUACGCCUCGAUAGAUCCUAUUGGCUGAAAGGCCGUGGGAAGCUGCCGCCAGGAACCAAUUGUAAGAUAAAUAGGUCCGUGAGGGCGGGGACAACACGCCGUUAUUUCCUCAGGAGCCAAUAGAGAAGAGGAACGGCCUAGAGCUUCCUGAGUUCCGGGGUCGAGUGAAGAUGGCGGCUGCCUCUGGGAGCUGGUGCUUGUGCGAGUUAUUAAGGUUUUUUUAUUCAUUGUUCUUCCCUGGACUCCUUGUAUGUGGAGCUUUAUGUGUAUGUUUAGUUCUUGUCCUUUGCGGAAUCAGACUGAUGCUACAAAGGAAGAAAAUGUCAUUAUCAACCAGCAAAAGUGGGAGAAAGCAGAUGGCAAUUGCAUUUUUUCAUCCAUAUUGCAAUGCUGGUGGUGGAGGAGAAAGAGUUUUAUGGUGUGCUUUGAGAGCCCUUCAGAAAAAGUAUCCUGAGGCAGUAUAUAUUGUUUAUACUGGUGAUAUUAAUGUUACUGGUCAACAGAUACUAGAAGGUGCCUUCAGAAGAUUUAACAUCAGAUUAAUUCAUCCAGUGCGGUUUGUGUUCUUAAAGAAACGCUACCUUGUGGAAGAUUCAUGCUACCCUCACUUCACACUCUUGGGCCAAAGUCUUGGUUCCAUUUUUCUUGGCUGGGAGGCACUGAUGCAGUAUGUUCCUGAUGUUUACAUUGAUUCCAUGGGCUAUGCAUUCACACUCCCUCUGUUUAAGUAUGUAGGAGGUUGCCGAGUUGGAAGCUAUGUUCAUUACCCCACUAUCAGCACUGACAUGCUGUCUGUGGUGAAGAAUCAAAGUGUUGGCUUUAAUAAUGCAGCCUUCAUUACUAGGAAUCCUUUUCUCAGCAAAGUAAAACUCAUCUACUACUAUUUGUUUGCCUUUAUUUAUGGGCUUGUGGGUUCUUGCAGUGAUGUGGUCAUGGUGAAUUCUUCUUGGACUCUAAACCAUAUUCUUGCGCUAUGGAAGGUUGGGCAUUGCACUAACAUUGUUUAUCCACCUUGUGAUGUACAGACAUUUCUGGACAUUCCCUUACAUGAGAAACAGAAAACCCCAGGACAUUUACUGGUUUCCAUUGGCCAGUUCAGGCCUGAAAAGAAUCACCCUUUGCAGAUCAGAGCCUUUGCUAAAUUGCUGGAUAAGAAGACAGCUGAGUCACCCUGUCCACUUAAACUCAUUCUCAUUGGAGGUUGUCGUAACAAAGAAGAUGAACUCAGGGUAAACCAACUUAGAAGGCUGUCUGAGGAUUUAGGGGUUCAGGAAGAUGUGGAAUUUAAAAUAAACAUUCCAUUUGAGGAAUUGAAGAAUUACUUGUCUGAAGCAACGAUUGGUCUGCACACCAUGUGGAAUGAGCACUUUGGGAUUGGAGUUGUAGAGUGUAUGGCAGCUGGAACAAUUAUCCUUGCACACAACUCAGGGGGUCCAAAGCUGGACAUUGUUGUUCCUCAUGAAGGAGAUAUAACUGGAUUUCUGGCUGAGACUGAAGAUGGCUACGCUGAGACUAUGGCUCAUAUUCUCUCCCUGUCUGUAGAAAAGAGACUCCAGAUCAGAAAAAAUGCUCGCGCAUCUGUAAGCAGAUUUUCUGAUCAAGAGUUUGCUGUGGCAUUCCUGUCAUCUGUGGAGAAGUUAUUUAAAUAAUCCCAGAUCUGUAUAUAUUAAAGGUAUUUUAUAUUAGACAGUUGGGUUUGGCGGUAUAGCUUAGUGUUAAAACACAUGCUCCAUAUGGGGGAGGCCCUAGGUUCAAUUUCCUCUAGCACCAAAACUUAAAACAGUUAAACAUCCCUUCAUAUAUAAAUACUUUUCUAAACUUAUUCGCUAUUAAAAUCAAAUCAGCCUGAGAAGUAUUCUCAGCAGUAUGUAUAUAGAAAAGGUAUUUAUUUCAUUAAAAAUUACCAAA